GCUGUCAAAACAUGUUUGGUAACUUCACACCAUUCACAACGAAUCAGUGUCACUAAAACUAAAAAGGGUCGGUGAAUUACUGGAUGAAUAACCUUAUAAUGAAACAAGAACAUUCAUCAAUUGCCAUCCUACUACUACUACUACUACUAAGUUUAGUUGUAACAUUAACUGCAUGUCAGCAGCAGGAUCAGCACGGUCACAAUACUGUCACCGACACUGAUGACGACAGUCAUGACAGUUACUCAGUUAAAAAUAACAUGUCUGCCGUAAAAAGUUCCGUCGGAGCAGUUGUCGGGGCAUUCGUUCUUCCACACGGGGGAAUUGCCUUUAAUCCCAAACACUUCAACACGACAAACAAGACGGCCUUAGAAGAGGCCUGGCUACUUCACGACUCGGCUCGAGCGGUCGGUGACCUCAUCAGUAAACUCAAUCCAGACCUGAUUCUUCUUAGCACCCCGCACGGCAUUGCGGAUCAGGACAAUUUUCUCUUCUACUUGAAUCCCAAGGGCUAUGGGUCUGCUGAUACGGACAACUACGCGGGGCCGUAUACAUUAUCGGUGAAUUUGGACAGUGUUUCUAGCCAGAGUGUAGCCAAAGAGCUUCGUAACGCUGGUGAGAAUAUCAGUGGUCUAAGUGCCUUUGGGGCUCCUGGGCAAGCUGAUGACCCUUUCCCAUUGAGAUGGGGUGAAGUUAUCCCGCUGUCAUUUGUCUCAGGUCUUGAGACAAUGAAGGCAAUGAUCAUCUCUCAACCAAGUCGUCGCUACAACCAAAGCGUCCAAAUGAUUCCUGAACUCCUCCACUUAGGAGCCUCGCUUCACCAGAAGCUGUUGUUACUAAGGCAACGGGUCGUAGUCAUCAUAAGUGCUGAUCUUGCCCAUACACACGAUAAAAACGGGCCCUAUGGCUUUUCACCCAGCGCUGAGCCAUUUGAUCAAGCUUGCAGCCAGUGGGCAGCUACUUUAGAUGAAGAGGCACUCUUGAAAACAGCAGCGGGGUAUGUAAAUAGCGCCCUCUCUUGUGGCUACACAGGGAUGGUAAUGUUGCAUGGUUUGAUGAGGGAGGCAUCACUGAGUAGUUGGAGUUCCAAGGUGUAUGCUAACUACCACCCAAGCUAUUAUGGGAUGAUGGUAGCUUCAUUUGUGAAAAAGUAACGCGUCUAAAGAUAUAUAAUGAGUAGGGUAGAUGGCCUUAGCUUUCGAUCCAAACCGGACCUUCUUCAGAAGCAUAAAACAAGUACAA